AUGAAGUGUUUCAUGUACUCGAUCGAGUGGCAAAAAAGAGGUCUGCCUCACGUGCACUUACUGCUGUGGUUGACGGAAAAAUUACGCCCCAACCAAAUUGAUGAAGUCAUAAGUGCGGAGAUACCAAAUCCAGAAAGUGAUCGAAAACUCUACGAUACUGUAACCAAAAAUAUGAUUCACGGUCCCUGUGGUGCACUAAAUCCGUCAUCACCAUGCAUGAAAGAAGGAAAAUGCACCAAAAAGUAUCCAAGGGCGCUUUUGAAAGAUACUCAAACUAACGACAAAGGCUAUCCUUUGUACAGGCGUAGAACACCAGGAGAUGGCGGCCGUACGAUAACUCUAAAAACCCGAAGUGGAACACAGGAAGUAUUGGUUGGCAAUAGCUGGAUUGUCCCAUAUUCUCCGCUUCUGUCUAAAAUUUAUAACUGUCACAUAAAUGUAGAGUUCUGCAAUACGGUACAGGCGAUAAAAUAUAUUUGUAAAUAUAUAAACAAAGGCAGCGACCAGGCUAUUUUUAACAUUCGACAGCAAGGGAAUGUUAAUAUUGACCCGAGAGAUGAGGUGCAAACGUAUCGAGCCGGUAGAUAUGUUAGUAGUAACGAAGCAGCGUGGCGGAUCUUGGGUCUGCCUCUGCAUGAAAGACACCCAACAGUCACUCACCUUGCGGUUCAUCUGCCUAAUGGUCAGCGGAUUUACUUCACUGAAAACAAUUUUAGAGAGAGAAUGGCCGCACCACCUAAGACGACACUAACUGCAUUUUUCCUGCUUUGCCAAAAUGACGCAUUUGCAAAAACAUUACUUUAUGUUGACGUACCCCGCUACUAUACAUGGAACGUGUCGUCGAAAGAAUGGAAACGUCGUUUACAAGGCACACCUGUCGACGGCUGGCCAGGUGUGAAGGCAGGAGAUGCUCUUGGGCGCAUUUACACAGUGCAUAUUAGCAACUUCGAAUGUUACUGUUUGCGAAUGCUGCUGAAUGUAGUACAGGGCCCCACUAGCUUUUUGGAUCUAAAAACAGUUGACGGCCAAGAACUUGAAACUUUUCGACAAGCGUGUGAGAAGUUGGGCUUGUUGGAAGAUGACAACCACUGGGAUGCCACAAUGGAAGAGGCAGUGCUAUGUCGCUCUCCUUCGCAAAUAAGAGAACUAUUUGCAAUAUUGAUAUGCACUUGCGGUUUAUCCAAUCCUCUUCAACUAUGGGAUAAGUAUAAAUCUGCAUUAUCGGAGGAUAUCUUGCAUAGAUUUGAAAGGAUGGAUCAAGUCAACAAUGAUCUAUGUUUCAAUGAAGCACUGAGACAUAUAGAGGACAAAAUAAUAACGAUUUCCGGUAAGAAAUUGUCUGACUUCGGUAUGCCUACACCAGAGCGUCGAGGAGAGUUGUCGACAGAUUUGAUCAAAGAGCUAAGCUACGAUAUUGCUUUAUUAGACGCUCAGGUCAGCGAAACUGAACCACGCCUGCUACCCGAACAAAAAAACAUUUAUAACAAAAUAUUACAACGAGUUGAGCUAGACAAAGGCGGCCUUUUCUUUCUUGACGCCCCGGGCGGUACAGGUAAAACAUUUUUGCUUAAUUUGCUUCUAGCAAAAAUUCGUAAGGACCGUAAAGUUGCAUUAGCGGUGGCUUCCUCUGGGAUCGCUGCAACAUUGCUGAGCGGUGGACGAACGGCACAUUCGGUUUUUAAAUUGCCUCUUAAUCUGGCGAGCGAAGAAACCCCAACGUGCAACAUCAGUAAGAGCAGUGCCCGUGGCGCCCUCUUGCAACAAUGUAUGCUGAUCGUGUGGGACGAGUGCACUAUGUCACACAAACGCGCCAUUGAGGCGCUUGAUCGCUGUCUACAAGAUAUUCACAGCAAUCGAAAGUUGAUGGGUGGUGUGUUAGUGUUAUUGGCAGGGGAUUUUAGACAGACUUUACCUGUUAUCGAGAGAGGCACUGCAGCAGAUGAAAUUAACGCAUGUCUAAAAGCCUCAUAUCUGUGGUCUAAAGUUGAAAAGCUUUAUCUUACCACUAACAUGCGAGUCCAGUUAUUCAGCGAUGUCGAAUCAGGAGCAUAUGCUCAAAAACUGCUAGAAAUUGGUGAAGGCCACCUAAACACCGACCAAGAAGGUAUGGUUCUUUUCACACAGCAAUUUUGUCAUGCUGUGGAGACAGAAAACGAACUUAUUGAACAAGUUUUUCCGAAUCUGCAACAAAAUAUUCUUGACGAAAAUUGGUUGUGUGAAAGAACCAUAUUGGCACCAAAAAAUGAGAUUGUUGCGAAAAUAAACAAAAAAAUCUUGGCCGAAAUAAACAGCGAAACAUCAGUGUAUAAUUCCAUUGACACAGUUAUGUCAUCCGAUGACACUACAAGUUAUCCCGUAGAGUUCCUAAACUCUUUAGAGUUGUCCGGGGUGCCAUCACACAAGUUGGAAUUAAAGGUAGGUGUACCCGUUUUGUUAAUGCGUAACCUGGAUGCGCCAAGAUUAUGCAACGGUACUCGGUUGCGAGUUACCGAAUUAGGAAGGCAUAUAGUGAAGGCUACAAUUUUAACUGGAGAAGCCAAGGGAGACAAUGUUCUUAUACCGCGCAUCCCAAUCAUACCCAACAACUUGCCAUUCAAUUUUAAACGCCUGCAGUUCCCAUUAAAAGUCGCAUUUUCAAUGACGAUCAACAAAUCGCAGGGUCAAACCUUGAAGGUAGCAGGCCUACAUUUGGGCACGCCAUGUUUUUCUCACGGUCAGCUCUAUGUGGCUUGCUCACGUGUUUCCAAAGCGAAGAAUCUGCAUGUUUAUGCUGAAGGAAAAAGAUCGUUAAAUGUAGUUUAUAGGAGCAUACUGCAGUAG